AUUAUGGCACCAGCUGACGCUAGGUUUGGUGAAGCUGGUGAAGCUGCCCGAGAUGCAGCAGGGUACAGAGCUACUCAAUCUCUACUCAAAUCUCAUCACCGAGAUGGAGAACAAGAUCAACCCCCUCUCCCUGGUGGAGUUGGCUGCUGCUAUCAUGAAGCAGUACUCAGACCCCAAGGAGGCCAUUGCCUUCGUGGAGAAGAUCCGCCCCAAAGUUGUUGAUCAUCAGGAGUCGCAUGUCUACUGCAAAGUUUUAAUUGCACAGGUGACUUUGAGACAGCUAGAAGAUAAAGAAGCCACAAAAAAACUUCUGGAUGAAACUGAGAAAAUGCUUGAUGAAAUUGAUGGCGUGACACCAACUCAUGGCAAAUUCUAUCAGCUGGCCUCCGAGCUUUAUUGCUUGACUGGGGCUCAUGCUGACUACUACCGAGCCUCAUUGCGAUACCUUGGAUGUUCAGACCCUCCUACAGACCCCACUGAACGAACCCAACAAGCUUUUUACUUGGGUCUUGCUGCCUUGUUGGGCGAAGGCAUAUACAACUUUGGAGAGCUGCUUGCUCAUCCCAUACUAGAGUCGCUGAAAGGCACAAACCUCGAGUGGCUGAUGCGUCUGUUGCUCGCCUUCAAUGCUGGCAACAUUAAUGAGUUCGAAAGCAUGAAGCCUUUGUGGAGCUCACAGCCUGACCUCCUUGCUAAGGAAAUUGAGCUCAGAGAGAAAAUUCGUUUGCUUUGCCUCAUGGAGAUGACCUUUAAACGCAAGGCGUUCGACAGACAAUUGAAAUUUGAGGAGGUAGCUGAAGAGACGGGACUCCCUAUCAAUCAGGUGGAGGUGAUGGUGAUGCGAGCACUGUCUCUAGAUCUGGUACGUGGCAGCAUCGAUCAAGUGGAGCAGAAGGUCAACAUCACUUGGGUCCAGCCCAGAGUUCUCGACAAAACCCAGUUGGCUGCUAUGUUGGAGCGCCUGAACGCGUGGUGCGACGACGUAGACAGCAUGCAGAAACUUCUUGAAGAACAAGCCGCUCCUAUCCUUACUCUAUGAUAGUCCUGCCCUCGAUUCCCUUCUGUAUUAGAGUAAAAUAUCUCUAUUGACACCAA